UGGGAGGAGUGUGGGUGAAGUAAGUUUUGACACAUGUGAGAAAGCAUUUGGGAUGCGUGUCCCAGUUUUACUUCGGGAUCUCAGCUGGCCGGAGUGAAGUGGACGGACGGACGGACGGAUCUGUAGUUGAGAAGAAGCAGUGAAUGAAAGAUAUAAAAAACAAUGACUUUCACUUAGUUACAGAGGAAUGCGAGGGGGGAUGAGGGCGGCUGGUUUCUAAGUUUGGUAUAGCUUUAACUCAGUUAGCGAGGAGCCCUGGCUUUUCGUAGCCGUGCUCUGCAGGCGCCAUGGCUGCCCAUUGCGACACCUUGAGCGGAUACAUGCAGCAGUCGGACCCGGGAUCGAACAGCGAGCGUAGCACAGAUUCCCCGCUCCCAGUGUCUGAGGAUGACUCCAGCGGACCGAAAGCCCCGUGCGACCCGGAGUGGACAGAGGAGCGCUUUCGCGUGGACCGUAAGAAACUGGAAGUCAUGUUAUUAGCUGCCACAGAAGGAGUGGUCAAUGGAGGGGAGGAUUUCUUUCAGAAGAUUAUGGAGGAAACGAAAACUCAGAUAGCAUGGCCAUCAAAACUGAAGAUAGGCGCGAAGUCUAAGAAAGAUCCUCACAUCAAAGUGUGCGGCAAGAAGGACAACGUGAAAGAGGCAAAGGAGAAGAUCAUGUCCGUCCUGGACACAAAAAGCAACCGUGUGACCCUGAAGAUGGACGUGUCGCACACUGAGCACUCUCACGUCAUCGGGAAGGGCGGCAGCAACAUCAAGAAAGUCAUGGAGGACACCGGAUGUCACAUCCACUUCCCCGACUCGAACCGCAACAACCAGGCAGAGAAAAGCAAUCAAGUGUCCAUAGCCGGCCAGCCAGGAGGUGUGGAAGCCGCCAGGGCCAGGAUCAGGGAGCUGCUUCCGCUGGUGCUGAUGUUCGAGCUCCCCAUGUUGGUUCAGCUGAACCCAGACCCCAGCUCUCCGGCCAUCCAACACAUCUCGCAGACCUACAGCAUCUCCGUGUCUUUCAAGCAGCGUUCUAGGCUCUACGGAGCCACCGGGGUGGUCAGAGGCUCGCAGAACAACGCAGCAGCGGUCAAGAGGGGCACGGCUUUGCUGCUGGAGCACCUGGCUGGUAGCCCCAGUGCAGUCUCGGUGAGCACGCAGCUGGACAUCGCCCCGCAGCACCACCUCUUCAUGAUGGGCCGCAACGGCAGCAACGUCAAGCACAUCAUGCAGAAGACGGGGGCCCAGAUCCACUUCCCCGACCCCAACAGCCCCCAGAAGAGGUCCACCGUCUACCUCCAGGGCACCAUAGACUCGGUCUGCCUGGCGCGCCAGUACCUCAUGGGCUGCCUGCCACUGGUGCUGAUGUUCGACAUCAAGGAGGACGUGGAGGUGGAGCCCCAGUGCAUCACGUCCUUGAUGGAGCAGCUUGAUGUUUUCAUCAGCAUCAAGCCCAAGCCCAAACAGCCCAGCAAGUCUGUGAUCGUGAAGAGCGUGGAGAGGAAUGCCCUGAGUAUGUACGAGGCCAGGAAGUUCCUGCUGGGUCUGGAGAACAACGGCGUGUCUGCUCUCCCUGGCGGAGGUGGCGGCUGCGGGGCCGGGAGUCCCCCUGCAAUCAUCUGCCCUGUGGGCCUCGACAUUCUGGCCUCAGCGGGUCUGGGGCUCAGCGGUCUGGGUCUUCUAGGCCCUGCGGCCGCCUCCCUGAGCGGCAGCUCCGCCCCCAACACGCUGCUGAACGCCCUGAACAGCUCGGUGAGCCCCUUGCAGCCCCCCAGCAUCGGAGGCCCCACCGCCAGCCCGGUUUUGUGGCCCAGCUCACUCACCAGCCCGUCUAGCGCUCCGGGAUUCUCGUCGCCGCUGAUGAUUCACCCAGCAACGCAAGCCACCCUCACAAGCAUCCUCCUGUCCGGGGUUCAGGGCUACGCCCACAGCACCCCGUCUCCACCCCCGGGGCUGGCCCCCAUAGAUGCGAAGGUCAACGGGGUCACGGACUGCGGCAAGACGGCCUCCUCCCUCAACGGUCACGUGAAGGUGCCCCUCCCCAGCUCGGUCUACAGCCGCAUGUCGGCCUCGUCGCUGGCCGAGAAGGUGCUGAGCGCCAAGCAUGGAGAUUCCGUAAAGGACACUGGUGGCCAUUGUCCCGGCGAGUCUCUCUCAAGCAAGUCCAGCCCAGAUGAAGGGUCCAAUGACGCGUUCGUGGAGGUGGGCAUGCCGAGGAGCCCCUCCCACUCUGCCAACAGCAGUGAUCUCAAGCAAAUGCUGUCGUCCUGCAAGACGGCGUCUGCCGGCAAGCGGCAAGCCGUGGAGCUCCUGCAAGGCACCAAGAACUCCCACCUUCACUCAGAUUGCCUGCUCUCAGAUUCAGACUCGAGUGCCUCCGAGGGCCCCGUGGCGGACAAACGGGCCCCCGGCAGCGAGCGGGCGGCCGAGAGGGCGGCCCAGCAGAACUCCGAGAGGAUUCGCUUGGCACCGCAAACCUCCUUCGCUAACAUGCAGGCAUUUGAUUAUGAACAGAAAAAGCUGUUGGCAACAAAAGCCAUGCUAAAGAAGCCGGUGGUGACCGAGGUCCGGACGCCCACCAACACGUGGAGCGGACUUGGCUUCUCGAAAUCCAUGCCGGCCGAGACCAUCAAAGAGCUCCGGCGAGCCAACCACGUGGCCUACAAGCCGACCAUGUCUACCACCUACGAGGGUUCCCCUCUGUCCCUGUCCCGGUCCAACAGCCGCGAGGGCAUCUGCAGCGGCAGCGACUCGGACAACUGGAGGGAGAGGAACGGCGGAGGUCUUCCCGGUCCUCCAGAGUUCUCUCCAGCCAUCAGUCCCAAGAGGAAGCAAAAUAAAUCAGUGGAGCACUAUCUAAGCAGCAGUAACUACAUGGACUGUAUAUCAUCGAUGACGGGCAGCAACGGGUGCAACCUCAACAUCUCCUUCAAAGGCUCGGACCUCCCCGAACUGUUCAGCAAGCUGGGAUUGGGGAAGUACACUGACGUUUUCCAGCAGCAGGAGAUUGACCUGCAGACGUUCCUCACCUUGACGGACCAGGACCUGAAGGAGCUUGGCAUUACUACAUUCGGAGCCCGGAGGAAGAUGCUCUUGGCCAUCUCAGAACUGAAUAAGAACAGAAGAAAACUUUUCGAGCCGCCAAACAUCCGUUCCUCCUUCCUGGAGGGCGGAGCCAGCGGGCGUCUGCCUCGCCAGUACCACUCGGACAUUGCCAGCGUGAGCGGCCGGUGGUAGGUCCCCGGGCGGGGAACGGGGUGUAGGGAGGGUGGAAGGAAGGAUGCAGAGGUCCUUCUCCUCCUGAGGCCCCCCGAGGACAACCCCUGCCUGUAUCAGAAACCACUCGCUCAGAGUCAGGAACACGUGGACCAAAGCCAAAAGUGCCAAACAGAAAAGUGGCAGCGCCUAAGCCUGUCAUUCAUGAAAAAAGACCAUGGUACCCUGUCUGAGACUGUCCCUCGUCUACAGAAGCUUCAGCUGUUGUGAAGGAAUAAAAGAAUCCAUGCACUGUCGUAUCUUUGAAGGAAUAGGCAGAUUGCUUAGUGAAAAAUCUUUUUGAUACUAUUUAUGUGUAAUCUUAGUUUGUUGUCGUAUCAUUCCUGUGCACUUUAAGAAUGCUAUAUUCUUUUGCCUGUGGAUGCAUAUUUUUGUAAUCUGCAUACCUAUGUACAUGUAUACAUUCAGCACUUACUUGGGUACCAAGCCAAAAUGUAAGCACAUUGUGUGGUUAAAAGGUGAAGAUGAAGAUGAUGAUGAUGAUGAGUGGGGUGAAGCAGCAUCACGACCAGGUGAGCAGGGACAUGAUUAUAUGAGCGAAUUGUUUCCCGUGGUUCGUGGAACUGCCCCGAUGUUUGGUCCUUCGCUUACGUCACGUGUGCUGCAUCGUAUGCUCUCCAUGUAUAAUUUUAAAAGCCUAAUCUUAUUUUCUCCCUAUUUUUUUAACCUCAGUGUAACCUCCGUUCAUUUUUAUUAAUGUUUUCAUUCUUUUGGUUCCACUUGUGUCCUUUAAUAAUUGCAGCAGGCAGAUUUCUUAAAAUCCAGUAAAGUGCUGGAUUUUGAAGGGGGGGGGGGGUGUGACCCACACCCUGACUCAUCCCCUGUUUCUGGGGUCUGACCAGCAUUACUGCAGCCCUCUGACUCACACACACACACACACACACACACACACACUUCUUUUGUGGUUUACGUAGAUGGACUGGAAUUCUGUUUCCUGGGGGAAAAUAAAAUAGGGCCAAAAGUUUUUCUCCUGAAGGGUUUUCGUUGCCUUGUGUUGUGCAAACCUCUUCGCCUCGUUGUUGGGUUUUUUUUGUGUUACUUUUUUUUCCCAUGACACAGUCUUCCAGCUGAGUGUGAAAACUGCGUUUAACAGUGCCCCCCAGAGAGCCACAAGCUCAGUGCGCCGGUUAAACGCGACGCAUGCAGAUCGACUGAAAAAGCACCAUGUGCUUCUCCCCGGGGAAAGAAACUAAACAAAUUUACAACUGAUACAUUUACGAAGGAUGUUGAUAUUAAACUGUGAAAAAUACUAACGGGCUAUUUUCCAGUUGAAGGCCACGGAGUGUGUAUUUUUGAUAAUUGUAGCUUUCUCAGAGGCAGACAUCAGAGGAAAAGUAAACUUUGUUGCAGUCAAAAAGGGGUUACAUUUUUAGUUUUAUGUAAACUAUUCAAGAACUGAUACUUGCUACUAGCAUAUGCAAUAUUCCUGUACAUGUAGUAUAACCAUGUGUAUAUUAUUAAAAUGUUGAAUUUGUCCUUUUUGUGUAAGAGGUACGUACAGUUUUGUAAUAAUUGCACAACAAAGGAAGAAUGACAUAUUAGCAUUAUUUUUUUUUUCUAGUUUUGUUAUUCAGUUUGAAAGGACAGAUAGUCUGCCGUAAAUGGUCCGAUUUUUCUCUCAUAAGUGGUCUUUGCUGGUACUCCCGUUUUAUAUUUGUUGUUUGUGAUGAAGGGCAUCGGACAGCGUCAUAAAUAAAACCAGUUGCAACAGAUCCUCCCCACGGUGUGUGGGGCCCAGGACACAUCAAUGGACUAUGCAAAAAAAUAAAUGCAACCGUACCACGCAAUUUAAUGUAAAAGUCUACAAUAAGAUACAUUUACAUGUCUUGGGAACAUCGACUCCAAAAUUCAUUAAUACUUUUCUCCUGCGGCAUUUCCGCAGCUUUUGUUCGACCUUUAAAAUGGUCUAUCGAGUACGAAAAUUGUCCACGUUCCACCGUUUAUGAACGGGGGAGCUGUGAUUUCUUUCGUACGCUUCAUGAUUCCCAGGAAGAAGAAAGAGAGGAAAAGAAAAAACUUUUAAGUCUUUUUUUAGACAUGGCCUUUUGUCACGCCUAGCAGUAUUGUCAGCAGGUUAGAUGCAACCGACAAAGGACUUCCUGUUCACAAAGGGACAGGUUGAGGUACAGUACAGGGCUGUAGAAAAGGAAACACUGGAAAUGACAAAUUCCUAUGUUGACUAAAUGGAAUAUGGCAACGUUACUUCUCAUUAUUGCCUUUGAAAAUUGAUUAUGCACAAUAAAGUGUCGGAAUCAGUAGCAAAGCAAGCAUUAGCUGGCCAGUGCCUUAUGGAUGAUUUUUUAAAAGAUAUCUGUAUAUGUAACACAGAAAAAAAGCUGUAUUUUGUGGUGUCUGUGCUUUUAAAAUGAAGACGACAUUUUGUGUAAUAAGCAAAAAUCUGUUUAAUGCAUUCUAUACCAAUCGGAGGCCUUGUUACAAAAUAAUAAAUAUAUGUAAACACUA